UCCCUUUGUAGAAGGGCAGUAGGAAGCUGCGUUGCCUGAACGAUAGCAGAGUUCGAGAUGAUAAGCGCAGCUAGCAGCUAUAUAUCAUGGCUUACACACCGCCGGGCUAUCAUCGCGUAGAAAGCGCGACCAUGUCCUGGGUUGUGCCGAACUCGACACCACUUCCCACGCCGAACGCCGCGCCGAGCUGCGCUUUAGACUCAUCGAUGCAGCAGUUCGCAAACCUGGAGAAACAAGUGUUAGACUUUCUAUCGGGUGACAACGCAACUCCCACCAACGGAACUGCGCCCAUAAGCGACCAUACGAGCCCACCAACACAGCAGCCCAGGAUACCGCUUCCGGGAAUGGCGCCCUCGAGCACGCAGAGCAUUCCGCCUCCUUGCGCAACUAUCCCCGCGCCAUGCACUGUGCCGGGCUAUGGGACAAACCUACCGAUGCAGCAGCACACCGCAUCGCUCGUGAGAUUGCCGCCAACAUGCGCAAUCUGUUUCGAGCCUUCGAUGAAGACACCAUGCAUAGGGUGUCUGGCUACCAUCGCUGGGUUGUCGAACUCAUUCGGAAAAGCAGUGGACCGCUGGACGGCGGGUUCUACAAGUAAGCCCACGGCCUUUGGGAGGAGUUGGGAGGGUCGUCUGGCGGAGCAGCUUACUACUAAUGCACCGUCGCCGAGAUCGGGGAGCGUGCAAGGCCAGCCGCAACCUGCUGCAAUGUCCCUGGACGGGACUGUGGUAUCACUAUCCCAACGUCCUGGCCGCGUUGCGAAGCGCCCACGGUCUGUUAAGCAGCGUGUUGCGGCUCCGGUCGGAUGGGGAAAUGGUGGGUUACCGGCUGCUACAUCUACGAAAGCAUUACUAUUAGCGAUGCCGCAUGGUGAGAACGGGAUUGUCGACUUGACGGCGCCGGACCGCGGGGACGCGAUCAUCGACUUGACAAGCGACGACCGUGACACUUUAGACUCGCCGAACACGGGCCUUGCCUCUGCAUGGAUGGUGCACGUUCCCCAACGUGAUAGUUACCGCUAAGGUGCUGUGUCUUCCUUGUUACUUCAACGCCAGGGCAGCAUGAUUGUCUCCCAGGUGAGUUUAACGGACUAACGGAAGGUGCUCGACAAUGCAUGAACAGGAUGGAAGGUAUUCGCGUACAAUAGUGCGGAUUUGUGUACAUAGAUAACGCUUGCGCUUUGAUCGCUA